AUGACCUUGCACGUCUCAGAAUCCAACGAGGGGAAUCAAGCUGUCUUGCCUGUCGAGAGCUCACAUCAAACAUUCUAUGUACCAAAUGUCGGCGAGAUACUGGGCCAAGGCUCAACUUCGUUGGUAGCAAAGAUAAAACCAGGGACCGUGAUCAAAUCUCCUCGUUACUCGUGGUGGCACUCCGGAGCAACCGAGCUUCAUCACUUUGUUACGGACGUAAAGCAUAGUUUUGAAGUUGAAGAACAGCUUCUGAAUAUACUAGGGACACACCCAAGAAUAGUCCGCUAUCUUGGCCCCUCUUUAUAUCCUCGUGGUCUACUCUUCGAAGAAGCUAGCGACGGCAAUCUACAAACUUACAUCGAUCAGCAUAACGAUUCUAUCGACCUACAUCUUAGAAUAAAAUGGUGUCGCCAGGCCGCAGAAGCAAUCCAGUAUAUCCACCAAAAGGGCGUCAUGCAUUCCGAUCUGCGACCGGAGAAUUUCUUACUCCACUCCAACUCCGUUAGUAAACUUGACCUCCUUCUCUGUGAUUUCGGGGGAUCGAUGUGCGGCGACAUCGAUGGUCUACAUCUGCCUGACUCUGGAUUCUUCGACCCAUGCAAGCCAUGUAUGUCAACGGAGGCAGUGGACAUUUUUAGUCUCGGGUCGAUCUUUUACACUAUAAUGACUGGUCAUUGGCCCUAUAAGACUCCUGGACCAUUUGAAACUUCAAAUGAACAAAUGGAGUAUGGGCAGCUGGUGGACGGACUCUUUGCAUCUCGGAGAUAUCCUGAAAUUAAUGGUCUUCCAGGUGGUGCUGUUAUAGAGGGAUGCUGGACAGAGCGAUAUAAUGAUUUGGAGGAAUUGAUUCAAGAUCAAACUUUGUUAUUUAGCGAAAUAGAACAUGGGGAUAUCCAAGGCACGUGGGAUGAGAAGAGACAAGAACUUGAUUGA